AUGAAGGAAAGAAGAAAGUUUGGAAGGAGUAUUAAUGACAUUGGUGAGAGAGAGAGAAGGCAUCGGCUGCAUGCACUAAGGCUAUCGCUGCCACCACCAAAACCAGCUUCUGAGUUUCAACACCAAACCCAAUUCCCGACAUUCUUGUCAUGCCCCUCUCCCAACUCCCUAGGUAUCAAAAACCUAUCCGGCCUUGAGAAAAUAGCCAUUCUUGGACAUGGUAGUAGCGGCACGGUCUAUAAAGUUCUACACAAGAAAACCAUGUCAAUUUACGCAUUGAAAGUGCUCAGGAUCAAUCAAAAUGAUGUCAGUGUUUACCUGCAGGCUGCAUGUGAGGCCGAUAUCCUCAAACAAGUUGACUCCCAAUAUAUAAUAAUGUGCCUUGCAGUUUUCGAUAAUCAUUUUGUUGGUGUGAAAUGUGGAGGCAAUCUUUGCUUUGUCAUGGAGUACAUGGAAGGUGGUUCCCUACAGGACGUGUUGCGAGCACGACAAAGAUUGACUGAGCAGGUUAUCUCUAGUAUGGCCAAGCGUGUCCUGGAAGGAUUGCACUAUUUGCAUGGCAUGCAGAUAGUGCACAGAGACAUAAAACCAUCAAACCUUUUUGUAAAUGAUAAGGGAGAGGUAAAGAUUGCAGAUUUUGGGGUCAGCCAUGUCAUGGAGAGGGCACGUGAAGCAUGUGACUCGAACAUUGGCACAUGCGCCUACAUGAGUCCAGAAAGAUUCGAUCCAGAGGGGUGGGGUGGUGAUGAUGUAGAUGGGUUUUGCCGGGGAUGUGUGGUCACUUGGGGUGGUGGUGUUGGAAUGCCAUGUUGGAAGGCUAGAGAUGCCGGAGACAGCCUCGCCAGAGUUUCGGAGCGUUGUUCGAAGGUGCCUAGAGAAGGAUUGGAGGAAGAGAGGGACAGUGGCUGA